CCCCCUCUUUGCUUCGUGUUCGAGUCUUGAUAUUUGUAGAAAAGGUGAAUAUCACAGGUUUGAUUUGGUAAUCUAUUGUUGGCUUUAAAAUUCGCCACUCUCUUACCAUUGCAAACCUCACGUCUCGGGACACGACAACUUGGCUUGUUUGCAACGUAGUCCUGCUUUUGUUUGUUUUUUUUUUAUCAGGAUGAAUCCGUAGAAUGGAUACUUGUAGUUGACAAGCUGUUUAUCGUUCUAAGAUUUGGUAUGGAUCUCGAAUCCGACUGAUCCAUGAAGAAAUGUCUAAAUAGCUACAUGGCUUGAGAAAUUUGACAUCGAUAAUUUUUUGAGCAGACUCUUCCCUUUUACGUUCAGAGAAGCUGUGACUGAAGCUAGACUUCCAUCCAAAGAUCUCUUCGCAUCAAUUUAGGCGGCAGAAAAGAUAGAUCCCUUCGUAAGAUCCCGUUUCUCGUGGGCAUGAAUUGGGCUCGGUGUCUUAAAUAAGUUGGGGGACUUGACUAGAAAACAAUUCAAGUUAUGGGAUGAAAAUCGGAAAGAUAUGAAGGCUCAAGAACCAUCCAUGAGUUUGAGCAAAGAAAAUAAAUAAAAGAACCAUUCAUGUCGCUUGUUUCGACGGAUACGGUGAAUUAUCCUAUUUAAGUUUUUUUUUUUAAAAAAAAAAGUGGCCUGAGAUUUCCCGGCAGUCGGACCGUUCGGAGGCUUCUCUGCUCGGGAUUUUUCUUUUCUUGGUGAAUCAGGAAGCCGGAGCCUAUCGCUUCUAGGGAAUUUAGAUCAGCCCUUAUGAACUAUGUUAGAUCAGCAAUUUGGAACCCCAAAUUGGUAGAUCGUAAAAUUUUUUGAGAUCUUGGAGGUUACUUUUAUGGAAAUAUAAAUUUUGAAAUUUCCCAAAUCCUUGUCUUCUUUGCGUUUAUGGAAGGUCAGCGGCUUUCCAUCUCUGAUUGCAUUAGGGAUGCCAGAUCUCAUUAUAUUAGAUAUGGACUCGUGCUUAUUAGCAGAUCCCUUGAGCAGAAUUAUAAACGUGGUUGUUAUCUCUAAACCAAAAGCCUUAGCGAAAGGAUUGUCAGGUGUUCGCCUAUGGAAUCCCCGAAGUUCGUCAACAUGUUCGUCCUCAAGACCGCAAUCGCUUUACUAGUUCUCUCGUCUGCCACCACUGCCGAGGAAUCCAAACUCGUCAAGGAGGUGUGCGGGAAGACCCGGGUGCCGUACAAUGAAUGUGUCGCGGCGCUGAAUAGCGACCUCCGGAUGGAGGCCAUCAAGGAGAUCCGGGAGCUCACGUUCCUGAGCUUAGACCUGGCCAUGGCCAACUCAUCGGAGGCGAUGGGCUAUGUCGGGGGCAUGGUCGAGAACUCCCCGCCUGCACUGAAGCCUGUGCUCUACUCAUGCUCCGGCUUGCUGUCCAGCUCCUAUCGCAACUUCCACACGGCAGCUGGCGACCUCAUGGCGAAUGCGUCGAGAGCGAAUUACGAUGUCAUCCUGGCCAUGGGAGGCCCGACUAACUGCCGGCGGGCGAUGAAGGAUGCCAACGUCAGCAUUCCGGCGGUUUCUACCCGGUGCAGUUACGUGGAGUUCUUUGUCCAACUCUGUUACACCACCACAUUACUUGACAUGCUCAGCUAAACAGGCAACUAAUUAAUUAAUUCUCAUAAAUGUAAUCUCCGAAUCUACAUUAAUGAAAAUAUUAAGGAAAGCAAUUUAUAUUGGUAUUA